CGCUGUCAGGAUGAGGAGGCGGAGGUCGGCGCUCAGGUCCGUCUCUGCCUGCGGCUGUGGCGGCGCCCGCGGCUCCUGCCUUAGCGGUUCCUCCCUGGGCUGCGGCGGCGGCGGCGGCGGCGGCUUGGUCGACGCCUUUUCCGCCAGCUGAGCCCGCGGCAGCCGAACUCCGCUCCCCUUGGCCGGCCGCCCGGCCAUGGCGCAGCCGGGCCCGGCUCCCCAGCCUGACGUUUCUCUUCAGCAAAGAGUAGCAGAAUUGGAAAAAAUCAAUGCAGAAUUUUUACGUGCACAGCAGCAGCUUGAGCAAGAAUUUAAUCAAAAGAGAGCAAAAUUUAAGGAGUUAUAUUUAGCCAAAGAGGAGGAUCUGAAGAGGCAAAAUGCAGUACUACAAGCUGCGCAGGAUGAUUUGGGACACCUGCGAACACAGCUGUGGGAAGCACAAGCAGAAAUGGAAAAUAUUAAGGCUAUUGCCACAGUUUCUGAAAAUACCAAACAAGAAGCCAUAGAUGAAGUGAAAAGGCAGUGGAGGGAAGAAGUUGCUUCGCUUCAGGCUGUUAUGAAAGAAACAGUUCGUGACUAUGAGCACCAGUUUCACCUCAGGCUGGAGCAGGAGCGAACACAGUGGGCACAAUAUCGAGAAUCUUCGGAAAGAGAAAUAGCUGAUUUGAGACGAAUGCUGUCUGAAGGCCAAGAGGAAGAAAAUUUAGAAAAUGAAAUGAAAAAGGCCCAAGAAGAUGCUGAAAAACUUCGGUCUGUUGUGAUGCCCAUGGAGAAGGAAAUUGCAGCUUUGAAAGAUAAGCUGACAGAGGCUGAAGACAAGAUUAAAGAGUUGGAGGCCUCAAAGGUUAAAGAACUGAAUCAUUAUCUGGAAGCUGAGAAAUCUUGUAGGACUGAUCUGGAGAUGUAUGUAGCUGUUUUGAAUACUCAGAAAUCUGUUCUUCAGGAAGAUGCUGAAAAACUUCGGAAAGAAUUACAUGAAGUUUGCCAUCUCUUGGAGCAAGAGCGACAGCAACACAACCAGUUAAAACAUACAUGGCAGAAGGCUAAUGACCAGUUUCUGGAAUCUCAGCGUUUGCUGAUGAGAGACAUGCAGCGAAUGGAGAUUGUGCUAACUUCAGAACAGCUCCGACAAGUUGAAGAACUGAAGAAGAAAGAUCAGGAAGAUGAUGAACAACAGAAACUUAAUAAGAGAAAAGAUCAUAAAAAAACAGACAUUGAAGAAGAACUAAAAGUACCAGUAGUAUGUGCUUUAACUCAAGAAGAAUCUUCAGUCCACUUAUCAAAUGAAGAGGAGCAUGUAGACAGUACCCAUGGUUCAGUCCAUUCCUUAGAUGCAGAUUUAUUGUUACCGUCUGUAGAUCCAUUCAGUAAAUCGGAUAAUGACAUGUUUAAAGAUGGACUCAGGAGAGCACAGUCUACAGACAGCUUGGGAACCUCGGGCUCAUUGCAGUCCAAAGCUUUAGGCCAUAACUUCAAAGCAAAAUCUGCUGGAAACCUUGAUGAGUCGGAUUUUGGACCUCUGGUAGGAGCAGAUUCAGUAUCUGAGAACUUUGAUACUGCAUCACUUGGGUCACUGCAAAUGCCAAGUGGGUUUAUGUUAACCAAAGAUCAAGAAAGAGCAAUCAAGGCGAUGACACCAGAACAAGAAGAGACAGCAUCCCUCCUCUCCAGUGUUACCCAGGGUAUGGAGAGUGCUUAUGUGUCUCCCAGUGGUUACCGCUUAGUCAGUGAGACAGAGUGGAAUCUCCUGCAGAAAGAGGUUCAUAAUGCUGGAAAUAAACUUGGGAGACGUUGUGAUAUGUGUUCCAAUUAUGAAAAACAAUUACAAGGAAUUCAGAUUCAGGAGGCUGAAACAAGAGACCAGGUAAAAAAACUUCAGGUGAUGCUAAGGCAAGCUAAUGAUCAGCUAGAGAAGACAAUGAAAGAUAAACAGGAGCUAGAAGACUUCAUCAAGAAGAGCACUGAGGACUCCAGCCAUCAGAUCUCUGCACUUGUCGUAAGAGCCCAGGCUUCCGAGAUCUUACUUGAAGAGUUACAACAGAGUUUUUCCCAAGCAAAGAGGGAUGUUCAGGAACAGAUGGCGGUGCUGAUGCAGUCACGGGAACAGGUUUCAGAAGAGCUGGUGCGAUUACAGAAAGACAAUGAUAGCCUCCAGGGAAAACAUAAUUUGCACAUAUCGUUACAGCAAGCAGAAGACUUCAUCCUCCCAGAUACUAUAGAGGUGCUCCGGGAGUUGAUAUUAAAAUACCGUGAGAACAUCAUUCAUGUGAGGACAGCAGCAGACCACAUGGAAGAGAAGCUAAAGGCUGAAAUACUUUUCCUAAAAGAACAGAUUCAAGCAGAACAGUGUUUAAAAGAAAAUCUUGAAGAAACUCUGCAGCUAGAAAUAGAAAACUGCAAGGAGGAAAUAGCUUCCAUUUCUAGUCUGAAAGCUGAAUUAGAAAGAAUAAAAGUAGAAAAAGGACAGUUGGAGUCCACAUUAAGAGAGAAGUCUCAGCAGCUUGAGAGUCUUCAGGAAAUAAAGAUCACUUUGGAAGAACAGUUAAAGAAAGAGACUGCUGCUAAGGUUUCUGUUGAACAACUGAUGUUUGAAGAGAAGAACAAAGCUCAGAGGUUACAAACAGAAUUAGAUGUCAGUGAACAAGUCCAGAGAGAUUUUGUAAAGCUUUCUCAGACCCUACAGGUGCAGUUAGAGCGAAUUCGGCAAGCAGACUCCUUGGAGAGAAUCCGGGCAAUUCUGAAUGAUACCAAACUGACAGACAUUAACCAGCUACCCGAGACAUGACACUCUUGAUAGCUGGAUUCUAGCCUGCACUUUGGGUUUUUAACUCAUCUUUAGAGCAACAUUAAUUAUUAUUUAACUCUUAACUGAAGAAGCAGAAGUCACAACAGAAGGAAGACUGGAGAAAUGUUUAUUUCUAGUGGGAGAAGACUCCAGUACAGGAACAGCCAGUAGCCAGAAUGAUUUGCAGCCAAUAGACCUUUCAAACAGGAACACUAAUGAGACUCCAAGACUUAAUUACAACAGGUAUGGGAUCAGAUUUGGUGAUGGAAAAAAAAAGCUGUCUCCUUUGCUUGCUUUCUCCAACAUAGAUUUUUGGAACACAUUUCCCUACCCUGGAGCAACUUCCCAAUAGUGUUUGGAAUUACAUUUCUUGUUUAUAGAUAUUGGGAGAGAGGUGUUUCUGUUGUCUAGAGCUCAUCAGUAACAGUGUCCGGCUAGCAGACAUGUGUAGUAUGCUGUAUGACUAUUUUAUAUUAAAAUAUGGAGUGUGAGAGCAGGCCAUUGGCUAAGACUGUAUUUCCUUCGCUUGGUGCGUUUUCCUUCUUUCCACCAUUGAAUCUUCAAAUACUGGAGGACCUUAAAUGCUACUAAAGUUUUGCUAAGAACCAUGAGACUGUGGCAAUCAAAAUCAACUCAAGAACAGAAUUAGGACUUGAAAACUUGGCUGAGGCUAGGUAUUAUUGGAAGUGGAAUUUAAAGGAAAAGCACAAGAAACUGUUUGGAAGCACUUUUCUUUCUGCAUACCUGGAUGAUCGUCAUGGGCCCACAGGUACCAGGAUAAAGUGGAACUGGCACUGGCACCAUCUACUCUUUUGAGGUGUUUUAAUUUAGUUAUUGAAUCAGUGAAAAAAUUAAUAAAACAAGCUGUGUCUGACAACACCUAGUAUACACUUAUAAAUCUUAUUUUCAAUUUGAAUGAAUCAGUGGGCUUGUGCACUGUUUGUUUCAAGUAUCAGCUACAGAAAUAGUGUUAACAGGGUUUGACAGAUACUUUGUUUUUCUUUUACAAUUUAGACCUGGAGUGUAAGUAACAAUGUGUACAAAAAAGUUGGGGAAAAGCCAUUUAUUGUAUUGAUCAGUUUCGAAAUUUGCUUUGUCAUUUUCCAAGAUGUGAGAUUCCUUUCUGAAUGCAGAAAGCCUCAGUGGAACAGGUCAUCUUUGUCAUAGCUUUAUGAGGUAUCAUAGGAAGCACAGAGAAUGGAUUCGUGUUCGUGGUCUGCAGUAUUAUCCCAAGAGUAGCCAGGGGAAGGCUAUACUGUUGAAUCCAUUACACAGAUGAUCCAAAAGCAAAAAAUGUUUUCAACAUUUUGGUGAUUGCAUAACAUAACAUUUUGGUAAUUGCUGUUGCAUAACAGCAGGGUAUCUGAAGGAAGCUUACGGGAAUUAGUGAACUAAGUAGAUUCUUUUUGUUCACUUGAAGCCACUAUUAGCUUAGUUUAAGUGAAAUGUCUUUGUUAUAAACUAAGUAAUUGUGAAGUUGCCCUAAAAAUAUUCACUACUUUUUUCACAGGAGAAAUAUGGACUGCAUCACCUUAUCCCAUAUUUAAAAUCCCUUUGUAUAAAGGGCUACUAGGUUUAAAGGAAACAUAUCCUCAUUGAGUUAGAGGGAAAUUUAUUAAUUAAAAAUGUGAUUAUUCAAAUUAAAGACUAGUCCCUUAAGGUAGGCCCCAAGCCAGUCUGUUUCACAUUAUUAAAAUCAGCACUAUAAAUCAUGAGUAGUUUAUAAUUUUUCUGUACUGUGACUCCCAGUGACCUGUUCUGCUAAGACUGAAUACCUUACAGAUACUUUUCUCCAGAUGGGAACUAGGGCAAUAAAUAUAUCAUGAUUAGGGAACUGUUUACGAACUGUACUGUGGCAGAUGCCAACUGCUAGAUUCCACUCAGUUGAGAAAAGUACCUUAGAAAAACCCAAAUUGAGACUCUAGAUUUUAUUUAACAGUGUUUCUGGUAUGCAACUACUGUGAUACGAUCCAGGUAGGACACAGUUCUAUAAGCUGGGUUUUUUGCAUAAAUGGGAUCUAAUUUAGCAGUGGGAUUUAUCCCUUCUAGACAAAAGAUAGUUGGGUUUCACAAAUGUUCCCGUGCUUCAGUCUGUAUAUACUUGUUCUCUUAAAUGUCUAAUCGGAUUUACCUCUUACCUAUAAUGUACCUUACCUGUGGCUUUUAAUUGGCAGUCAUUCAGCUACUUCUAGGCAGUAUGGUAUUACCUUUCAGAACCUGAAGCUGAGGACAAAACCAUAUACUGCAUACCAAGCUGUUUCUUUCUCCCUUGAAGGUGCUAAAACUUGCACUUCAUACCCACUCAGUAGACAAAGAGCAUGGUCACACUCAGCUGUGAAAGGUAGUGCCUAUGAGGACAUGAGCCAGCAGUAGCCUUUGCCUUUGUUGUUCUUGAGCUCCAAUUUGAGCAGAUCAUAGGUAUAACUAUUUGUUAACUAUACGGAUGGGAUAUCUUUAAGAAAAUGUUCAAAUUAAAAAAGCUGCUGCUGAGUA